AUGACAUUCGCAACGAAGAUUCUCCAAAACACUACAAGGAAAGUGAUAGAUAAAUACCCAUUGUAUGUCCCCAAAUCAGGUACAUUCCCUAAAGGUUUCCAAGUGGGUUCAAUUGCAUCAGGUGUAAAGAAAAACAAUGCCUUAGAUCUUGGUAUAAUCAUCAACACAAACAAAUCACGUCCCUCUUCUGCCGCAGCUGUCUUUACUACUAAUAAGUUCAAAGCAGCUCCUGUGCUGACGUCUAAAAAUGUAUUGGAUUCCACUAAUGGUGUUGCUAUUAAUGCUAUCGUGGUCAAUUCUGGUUGUGCCAAUUCCGUCACUGGUGAAUUAGGUAUGCAAGAUGCUAAAGAAAUGAUUGAUAUUGUUAAUGAACAAUUAGGUGAUAAGACUUCACCUUCCACUUUAGUUAUGUCUACUGGUGUCAUUGGACAAAGGUUACAAAUGAAUAAAAUUUCAGAAGGUAUAAAGAAGAUUUUCCAGGAAAAUAAGUUUGGUAGUGAUUUUACCUCUUGGUUGAAUAUUUCGAAAUCAAUUUGUACUACUGAUACUUUCCCAAAAUUAGUUACCUCUAAGUUUAAACUAUUAAACGGUAAAGAAUAUACUUUGACUGGGUUGGCUAAAGGUGCUGGUAUGAUUUGUCCAAAUAUGGCUACUUUAUUGGGGUUCAUUGUCACUGAUUUACCAAUUGAAAGUAAAACUUUACAAAAAAUGUUAAGACAUUCAACAAGUCGUUCAUUUAAUUGUAUUUCUGUCGAUGGUGAUAUGAGUACUAAUGAUACCAUUUGUAUGAUUGCUAAUGGUGCUGUUGAUACUCCUGAAAUUAAUGAAAACUCUCAAGAAUUCAAACAAGUUCAAGAUCAAGUCACUGAAUUUGCUCAAAGAUUGGCUCAAUUGGUUGUUCGUGAUGGUGAAGGUUCCACUAAAUUUGUUACUGUUAAUGUUAAAAAUUCAUACAGUUUCGAAGAUGCCAAAAUUAUUGCAGAAUCUAUUUCUAAUUCUAUGUUAGUUAAAACUGCUUUAUAUGGUCAAGAUGCUAAUUGGGGGAGAAUCCUUUGUGCCAUUGGUUAUGCUAAAUUGAAUGACUUGAAAUCUUUAAAUGUUGACAAAAUUAAUGUUAGUUUCAUUGCUACUGAUAAUUCUGAACCUCGUGAAUUGAAAUUGAUUGUUAAUGGUGUUCCUCAAUUAAAUAUUGAUGAAGAAAGAGCUUCUGAAAUCUUAGCAUUAAAUGAUUUGGAAGUCUUGGUUAAUUUGGGAACAGGUAAAGAAGAAGCCCAAUUUUGGACUUGUGAUUUAUCUCAUGAAUAUGUUACCAUUAAUGGUGAUUACCGUUCGUAG